AUGAACUCCCUGGAGAGACUCCUGUGGGGUGGGGCUGAGGCUCGCUGGCUCCCACGGUCCAGCGCCAUCUCCGUGGUGAAAAUCCUGAGGGUGCUGAGAGUCCUGCGGCCGCUGCGGGCCAUUAACAGAGCGAAGGGGCUGAAGCACGUAGUCCAGUGCGUGUUCGUGGCCAUCAAGACCAUCGGCAACAUUGUGAUUGUCACCACCCUGCUGCAGUUCAUGUUGGCCUGCAUCGGGGUGCAGCUCUUCAAGGGGAAGUUUAGCAGCUGUACGGAUCCGGCCAAGAUGACAGAAGAGGAAUGCAGUCCCCCACUCGCUCACCCCUCGUCUGUAAAUGCGCACAACGACUUCCACUUUGACAAAGUCAUCUCAGCCAUGAUGUCACACUUCACCGUCUCCACCUUCGAGGGCUGGCCCCAGCUGCUGUACAAGGCCAUUGACACCCACACCGAGGACAUGGGCCCCAUCUACAACUACCGGGUGGAGAUCGCCAUCUUCUUCAUCAUCUACAUCAUCCUCAUCGCCUUCUUCAUGAUGAACCUCUUCGUCGGCUUUGUCCUCGUCACCUUCCAGGAGCAGGGCGAGAACGAAUACAAGAACUGCGAGCUGGACAAGAACCAGCGCCAGUGUGUCCAGUACGCACUGAAAGCCCGCCCUCUGAGACGCUACAUCCCCAAGAACCCCUAUCAGUACCAGAUUUGGUAUGUGGUGACCUCCUACUACUUCGAGUACCUCAUGUUCUUCCUGAUCAUGCUGAACACCAUCUGCCUGGGCAUGCAGCACUACAACCAGUCAGCUGAGAUGAACCACCUCUCAGACAACUUGAAUGUGGCCUUCACCAUCCUCUUCACCCUGGAGAUGUUCCUCAAGCUCAUGGCCUUCAAAGCCAAGGGCUAUUUCAGCAACCCCUGGAACGUCUUUGAUUUCCUCAUCGUCAUCGGUAGCAUCAUCGACGUCAUCCUGAGCGAGAUCGAUCCCCAUCUGCGACUGUCUCACAACCUAGCCUGGCAUCACACUCCCAGAGGCUAGCGCGGAUUAGGCGUAGGAAGAAGAGGACACGGGAGGACAUGUUCUCUGAGCUUAUGGCCUGUUCCCAAGCCCAGGCAGCACAGCAGACCCAGUGGCGGGAGAACUUGACCCGAAUGCACCAAGCAAACAUGGAUCCGGAGGAGAGGUGGCGGCAGGAAGACCAGCAGGCGACUCAAACGCUGCUUGGACUACUGAGCGAGCAAACAGACACGCUCCGGCGCCUUGUGGAUGUUCUGCAGGAACGGAGGCAGGAGGACAGAGCCCCGCUGCAGUCCAUCUCUAACCGCCCUCCCCCGCCACCAAGUCCCAUACCCACCUCACCCAAAGUGCAAAGAAGGAGAGGCGGCAGAGUCCGUGCUAACUCUCACUCCACCCCUGCAGAGAGCUCUAGUAACAGAAGGCUCUCAUUCCCCAAAAUUUGAAAAGUUCUUUCCUUCCCGCCUGACACAAGCCCCCGUCCAAGUUUCACCUCCCAGUUCCAUGUGUAGUUGAUAAUAAAAAAUACGUUUCUGUUAA